CGGGCCGCGUGGGAAAACUAUGCCCGGAAUUUGGCCCUAGCGGGAGCGGCGUGCAGUCCAAGUGACGCGAGCCUCGAUCGCAGUAGGCUCAACAGCAGCGCCUCCGACGCCCAGCGGGGUCCGGCGGGGAGCUCCGCCUCGGGACGCACCGCCCCUUGCGCCCGGCGGCUUCCCCAUCCCCGGUGCCUGGCCCACUCCGGACCGAGGUGUGGGAAAGCAGUCUGCUGAUAAUUCAGUUUGAAGAAAACACAGCGUUCCUGCCUCUGGGGUGUGUGGUCUCCAGGCCCUCUCUCAGCUCCUGUGCCUGUUGCCGUGGCCUUGGUGGCACCCUUCCCCGGUGGCCAGCCCAGGGCUUCCCCCACCCAUGCAGUCUCCCACCACCACUGCCCAGGGCCUCAGUGGCCUCCUCUUUGGGGCCUACACUCUCCCCACCUUCAAGUUCCAGCCUCGCCGUGAGAGUGUGGACUGGAGGCGCAUCAGUGCCCUGGAUGUGGACCGCGUGGCACGGGAGCUGGACGUGGCUACCCUGCAGGAGAACAUUGCCAGUGUCACUUUCUGCAACCUGGACCGGGAGGUGUGCGGCCGCUGCGGGCAGCCCGUGGACCCAGUGCUGCUCAAGGUGCUGCGGCUGGCGCAGCUCAGCAUCGAGUACCUGCUGCACUGCCAGGACUGCCUCAGCACCAGCGUGGCCCAGCUGGAGGCACGGCUGCAAGCCAGCCUGGGCCAGCAGGAGCGCGGCCAGCAGGAGCUGGGCCGCCAGGCCGACGAGCUCAAGGGUGUGCGGGAGGAGAGCCGGCGGCGGCGCAAGAUGAUCAGUGCCCUGCAGCAGCUGCUCCUGCAGACGGGCGCCCACAGCUACCACACCUGCCACCUGUGUGACAAGACCUUCAUGAACGCCACCUUUCUCCGGGGUCACAUCCAGCGCAGGCACGCAGGCAUGGUGGAAGGCGGAAAGCAGAGGAAGCAGGAGCAGCCAGUGGAGGAGGUGUUAGAAGAGCUACGGGCCAAACUGAAGUGGACCCAAGGGGAGCUGGAAGCCCAGAGGGAGGUGGAGAGGCAGCGGCAGCUCCAGGAAGCAGAGAUCAUUCGCCAGAGGGAAGCAGAAGCUAAGAAAGAAUUUGAUGAAUGGAAAGAAAAAGAGCGGGCCAAGCUAUAUGGGGAAAUAGACAAGCUCAAAAAAUUAUUUUGGGAUGAAUUUAAAAGUGUUGCCAACCAGAACUCUACCUUAGAGGAGAAGCUGCAGGCACUGCAGUCCCACAGUGUGAUGAAGUCCAACCUGGGGUCCCUGCGGGAUGAGGAGCCUGAGGAGCGACUCAGGCAGGCUCAGGAGCUCUGGGCUCUGAAGGAGAAGAUGGAAAUUCAGAAAACAGAAUGGAGAAGGAAAAUGAAGGCACUGCAGGAAGAGCAUGCAGCUCAGAAGAGAGAGCUGCAGAAGCAGAACGAGAGACUCCAGGCUACCCUGUCUCAGGAUCAGAGGAAAGCAGCCGCCCAGGCCCAGCGCCAGAUCCAUGCCCUCCGCACCCAGCUCCAGGAACAAGCCAGGCUCAUUGCCUCCCAGGAGGAGAUGAUGCAGGCCAUGUCUCUCCGGAAGGUGGAGGGGAUCUGUGAAGGCCCGAAGGCUGUGGAUACAGAUGAGGACUCUUCCGAGGAAGAGCUGGAGGACUCUCACAGUGGACAGCAGAAGGUGCUGGAAGCCCUGAGGCGAAACCCCACCUUGCUGAAGCAGUUCAGGCCAGUCCUGGAGGACACCUUGGAGGAGAAGCUGGAAAGCAUGGGGAUAAAGAAAGAUGCCAAGGGAAUUCCCGCUCAGACCCUCAGACACCUGGAGUCCAUCCUGCAAGCCCAGCGGGAGCAGAAGGCCAGGAGGUUUUCUGAGUUUCUGAGCCUGAGGGAGAAGCUCAUUAAGGAAGCCACCAGCAGAGUCAAGGACAGACAGAGGGACUGGGCCCCGGUGUCCCAGCCAGAGGGCGAGGUGCCAGCAACCCUGAAAGCUCCUGGAAAUGAUUACUUGGUCAAAAGCCAGCAAAGCCCGCUGGUCACCAAAGAGGUCCAGCCAAAGGCCAGGACCCUGCAUGUGGCACAGCCAUCCAAGCCGGCAGAGCCCCCCGUGACAAGUCUUCAGAGCCGCAGCAGCCGUAGCCUGGGCCUGGCCCCGGGGCCCAGCCCUACUCCUCGCUCCAGAGCAUCUGGACCCCCCGGCACCCCUGCUUCCCCAGGGCCUGGGCUGAGUACGCCCCCGUUCAGUUCUGAAGAGGACUCGGAGGGAGAUGCUGGGCCGCGUGCAUCCCUGCAGCCCCCGAGAGUUCCUUCGAGGGUGGGGCCCCGGCCACAGGAUGACUGGGACUGGUCUGACACUGAGACCUCGGAGGGGAGUGCCCAGUCCCCUGGCAAGGGCUCAGGCGGGCUGGCCUCCUCAGGAACACUGGUGCAAUCGAUGGUCAGAAACCUUGAGAAGCAGUUGGAGGCUCCAGCCAAGAAGCCUGCUGGAGGGGUCAGUCUGUUCCCAGUGCCUAGUGCCGGGCCACAGAGAGCUGCUGUGCCAGGAGGAAAGCCCCAGCUUUCUGAGGAUGAGAGUGACUUGGAGAUCUCUUCCUUGGAAGAUCUCCCACAGGACCUAAACCAGAGAGAGAAACCGAAGCCCUUGUCUCGCUCAAAGCUCCCGGAGAAGUUUGAUGCCAGCUCUUGGAGCCCCAGUCAACCCAGGGUCCCUGGCUGAGCUGAAGACUGAGCAAGAGACGUCAAUUAAAGCACCUGCUGAUGUUGCAGAGUGGUGAUCUGAAGACGUUUUAGAGGCUGUGGGUGAGCCCACCCCCAGAGGACCGCUGGAUGUGUGGCGUAGAGCCUGUGAGGGCUUGGGAGACCUCCCUGGGCUCCAGCAGCAGGGACACAUAGGGUAAGUCACACCUGCUGCUGCCUGAUGUUGUAGAUCCGAGGUGGGACUGGGCAGACUGCCUGAUGUUGUAGAUCUGAGGUGGGACUGGGCAGACUGCCUGAUGUUGUAGAUCUGAGGUGGGACUGGGCAGAGAACAUGGGGGAGGGAGAGGGGGUGGCCCUGAACUUGUUUUGUGGAAAAUGUGUCACCCCCAGAUCAGUAUGUUAGCACCAUUUUAAGGGCCUGAUCUUGCAUGUCAUCACAGAGAAAUACUGUAUUAAGUAGGAAGAGUGAGCUGCUAGUCCAACUGCUGGCCCGGGGACAUAUAGACACACACUCCAGAGCCCUCUGGGCAUCCUCACAUCCAGGGUAGAGAGUCAGUACUGAGGAGGGGAGAGAUGGAUGGAGUUCUCUGAGUCCUGGGCCUGGACCUGAGGCGCCUGGUCAGAUGGAGCUGCUGGCCCCAGCAGAUCCCAGGCCCCGAAGGGGACUUAGAAACUGUCAACGAAGGCACCUGAAGACACAGGGCCCCUUGCCUGCCCAGGGCUAAGCCCUGUACUGCUCCUGCUGGUCUCCUCAUGACAGUGACCACCUCCACACUUGUGACUGUAGAGUCAGCCCUCGGCCUCUUCAUACGGGCACAGGAAGGAAGUCAGGCUGAGUUCCAGUUUUGUGGGUGAGGAUGGACCCAGGUCCUCUAAGUCUUCUCUUUGGAAUCAUCACUUCUUUUUAUCAUUUGAUCUAUUAGAGUGAACACUGUUGUGAAAAUAAGAAUUUAUUUUGUUCUUGAUGUACAGGUUGAACCUACAAUGAGGAAAGGAUGGUCCUUUCAUCUGCAGAAGUCAGCCCUAAACUUCGCCUCACAGGGCUCCAUUCCUGGAUGGAGGAACUUUUCUUUCUUGCUUCACCUGGAAUUCUCCAGCUUCUGAAUGUCACCUGUUGCUUAUUAUGCUCUUAUUACAAUAAAAUUAACCUUACAGCUAA